CCCACGGCCCGCCCCCGCAGCCCCCCUCGCGCACCAGGGCCGGCUCCAGGCCGCGGGACGGUGACGAUGGCGCCGAGGGGACCCUCAACGACUCUAUCCUCAGCCCAGCCAACACCAUGGAGCUGCUGCAGCGCAUGGCGAAGGCGGACGCGCGGGUGGGCGUGCGACGGGCCGGGGGCGCGUGGCGCAGCAUGGACAGCCUCGACGCCGUGGAGGUGAGGGCGCGGUCGCUGCCCCGCCCCGCCUCCACCUCCGCGUCGCAGCACCUGGCGCAGUCCAGCGAGGCCCUGGACGGCCCGCGCAGCCUCGACCUGGACCUCGACAGGGAGGGCGUGGUCGGCGUAGCCGCCUUCACGCUGCAGAGCUGGGACGAACGCGGCUCGACGCGGCCCUGGAGCCCCCCGCUAACCACCUCCGCGGCGCUGCUGUCCCCGCGCCAGUGGAGGCCCCUCAGUGCCGGCACGGCCUCGACGGCCUCCACCAGGGCCAUGUCCGAGUUCAUCAGAGAGAGCUACUCGUCGAGCGGCCCGGCCGAGCCGCCCGCUGCGCAGGAAGCUGUCACGGCGCAGGCGGACGCAGCGGAAGCUGAUGGCUCCAAAGCGCUUCCGGGACAGAAGGCACUCGACGCACCGGAAGCAGCUGACCAACCCAUCGCACGCGCAGCCUCGCCCGCCGCGCCGACCGUCACCGAGGGGUUGGACACGUCGGACACGCGCGACGCGGAGACGAGGCCCUUGACCUCGUCGCCGGCCUCGCCCGGCACGGCCUCGGCCAAGAGGGCGGACCUGCUGGACGUGGCGGUGGCCGACGGACGCCCCGGCAGCGCUGCGUCGUCCACCACCGAGUCUCUGGGCGAGCUGGAGAACGACAUCAUGCACAUGCUCAGCACGUCCGGGUCCGCGUCGACCAGGGCGGGCGCCGAGGAAGAGGACGGCGCCAAGGACGGAGAGGGCCGCGAGGAGGCGGCGGCAGUGCCGGCCUCGAUGCUGCAGCAGCACCGGGACGCCGCCAAGGACGCCGUGCCCGUGCCCCUGUCCACGUAGUACAGCAGGAAUGGCCUGUCCAGGAAGCCUAUGAGACGUCCAACAGCCGAUGCCAUAAACUUCAUAAACUUCCCUACGUAACGUGCUUCGUUGCCUGCGUUGACUAGCGGUUGCACACCCUACUUUAUUUAAUGUGAUUGAAAUUAAGAUAUUUUCUCCGGUGGUGCAAGUGGGUGUAGUUACUGAUUUUUCAGACUAGUCGGUGACCAGCUCCAACCCAAAAUGUACAUAUGUGAAAAGAGUUGUAGCAUUAGGUAUUAUUGUGAGAAAUAAAAAUAAAAGUCGUUAUAUUCCAUUGUUCUUGCACUGUGUUAGGGAAAAUGGGACAUAAAAACGAGGCAUGAUUAACAUUACUGAAAGCAG